AUGGACUCAUACACUUCGACUCCCAGCAACGACGUCGACGCCAGGGACAAACCCAUAAUGGAAUUCCACCCUGAACUCUGGCCUGUCCUGGAGAGAAACCGACCAGUCCUCAACCUUGACCUCUUCUGGCCGAUCAAAUGCGAACGCGUGGACAAUGCCGAAGAACAGAGAACCGAAGGUGACCAGAAGGGCACCUUCCCACCCAGAGACCUCAGGCCUCUUGUCUCAUUUCGCAACCUCCACGUCCUCCACCUCGGCGGCAUGAGGAAAUCCUACCAGCCCGUCAUCUGGGAAGCCUGUUUUGUCAAUGCCAACCUCACCAAACUCACGCUCGAAAUGGCGCUGGAACCAGAAAUCAGCGACGACUUCAAGGCGCAGUAUAAAAAGAUUGACAGCACCUGGGCCUACGACGGCUCCAAACCCAGCUACCCCGAACCAACAGAGUACAUGUACCUGGGCCUUGAAGGCUCAGGGGAACUGCACCCCGACUUCGGCAGCGGAGAGUAUCUCGACCGCACCGCCAUGAGGCAGGCACAAGCCGCAGUCAAGGACGGAGUCGGAGUCGCGGUCAAGCGUCAUCUGCCCAUCCAGAGUCUGACGCUAAGCAAUUUCGUCGUGGAUGCCGGUCCCUUCUUCCGCUGGUUCGACCCAGAGCGCCUCAGGGAGGUGAUUUUCACGGGCACCUGUUGGGACGCGGGUUUCUAUCUGCCCAACGAGAUGCGGCGCGGGGUGAGGGCAGAAGGGCCCCAGAAGCCCAAGCCACUGGUCGCCAGGGUUAUCAAGCCCGGCGAGGCCAAGGUGGUGAGCCUGAGUCAGGGCAAGCUGGUGAAGCGGGAGGACUGGGAUGGGGAGAACCAUCUACCUGAUCCUGAGCCUGGCAUUGGCGAUGCUAGUGGCGGCAGGGACCUGAAGACAAAGGUCAGCCAGAUAUCGGGGGUAGGCAAGCAGGCCACCAAUGAGUAG